CAGAAGUCCCGAAUAGCAAUUACAGCCAACAUGUACAAGCUUCUGUCCGUUGUCGUCGUCAUUGCUAUUGUCAUCCCAACAUUGACCUUGGCUGUGACUCCAUUCCGCUCCUGCCCGAACGGAGCACCCACCCCGGAAACAUUCGAAGUCGACGGAUGCACUGCGCUGCCCUGUACCAUUACCCGCGGUCAACCGAUGCGCGCCGUGGGUCGAAAUCUGGUCAGCCUGGUUUCGACCAGUACGGUUGAGGCUUACAUUGAUUUCUUCCUGGGUGGAUUGGAUUUGGGAAUUCCUACACCUCCGGAGAUUGUCGAUGCUUGCGCUAAUGGAAUCGACUUCUGUCCGUUGGUGCAAGACGAGUCGUUCGAUUACACCUUCUUCAAGGAAGACAUUCAGAUGGAUGUGUCCGGUAUUACCGUUUUGAUUCGUGUUGGUCUACGGGACGGAGAUGUGCAGAUUGGUUGCAUUGAGUUUGACGGAACCAUUGUGUAGACCGGUUAGGAAGGUUUGAAGCUUUCGUAAUGUGAUGAAAUAAAUUGAGUUGGUACAUCACUUUGUUUUCCUUAC